GGCUCUGCAGCCGCGGCGGGGCCGGGCCAUGAGGCUGCGCAUGGAGCCGGCGGCGGCCGUGCCGGGAAACCUCUCCCGCGGCGGCGGCGGCGGCAACGAGAGCGGCGGGGCGGCGGCGGCGGCGGGCGCGGCGGGCUGGUCGGCGGCGGGCGCGGCGGGCUGGUCGGCGGCGGCGCUGGCCUCGCAAGCGGCCGCGCUGCUGCUCAUCUUCGCCCUCUCUGCGCUGGGCAACGGGGCCGUGGUGCUGGUGAUCGCCCGGCACCGGCAGCUCCGCACGGUCACCAACGCCUUCGUGCUGUCGCUGUCGCUGUCGGAGCUGCUGGGCGCCCUGCUCUGCCUGCCGCUGGCCUUCCUCAGCCUGCUCAGCCGCCCGCCCGGCGCUUGGCUCUUCGGGCAGCGCCUGUGCCUGGCCAGCGCCGCCCUGCACGCCGGGCUGGGCAUCGCCGCCACGCUCACCAUGGCCCUGCUGUCCUUCGACCGCUACUGCGCCAUCGUGCGCCAGCCGCGGCACAAGAUGGGCCGGCGCCGCGCCGCGCAGCUGCUGGCCGCCGUGUGGCUGGCGGCGCUGGCGCUGGCCGGGCCCUGGUACGGGCUGGCGGGCGAGGCCCGGCGCGAAGCCCGGCCCGGCGCCUACCGCUGUGUCUACGUGCUGCCCUGGGGCUCGUCGCGGCUCGGGCCGCCCUACGGCGCCGCGCUCAUCGUGCUCUGCUACCUGCUGCCCUUCGCCGUCAUGUGCUUCUGCCACUUCAACAUCUGCCGCGCCGUGCGGCUGGCCGAGAGCCGGGUGCGGCCGCUCACCACCUACGGGCACCUGCUGCGCGCCUACGGCGAGAUGCGCACGGCCACCACGGUGCUCAUCAUGAUCGUCUCCAUCAUCUGCUGCUGGGGGCCCUACUGCGUGCUGGGGCUGGCCGCCGCCGCCGGCCGCUUGCCCUUCUCGCCCACCAUGGACGCCGUGGCCAGCGGGAUGGCCUGGGCCAACGGCGCCAUCAACCCGCUCAUCUACGCCGCCCGCAACCCCAACAUCUCGGUGCUGCUGCGGCGCAGCCGGGAGGGCGGCUACAGGACUAGGAACAACGUGGUCGCCUAUCUGUCGGUGCCGGGCCGCCGGGCCGAGCCGCGGAGCCGGGCCGAGCGUGUCCGGGAGCGCUACAUCAAUCGGCACAGCGGGCCCCCGGGCAGCGCCUUGUCCUCCUCCAGCCCGGCCAGCGGCGGAGAGGUGGCCCUGUGGGCCUGCAAGACUCCGGCCGUGCUCUUCUGCAGGGAUGGGCAGCCGGACACGCUCUCCGACGGCACCCUGAAGGCCAAAGCUGGCACUGUCGACACCAGCCUCUGAGGGACGGGGGCUGGGAUGGAGGCACCUGGCCCCGGGCCUGUGUGCCUGAAGAGAGUCCUGGUGCCCGGAGCCCUUUGCCACCGGAUUACCGGGAAACUGUGAUGGGAGUGUGUCUCUGCUGUGUGAGCUCUGGGUUGGUGGCCUCAUCUGCCAGCAGCAAGAGCUCCACAGGGAAGAGAAAUCCAUCCCCGGGGAAGGGAAAUCCAUCCUCAGGGAAGGGAAAUCCACCCCCAGGGGAGGGAAAUCCAUCCCCAAGGAAGGGAAAUCCAUCCCCAGGGGAGGGAAAUCCAUCCCCAGGGAAGGGAAAUCCAUUCCCAGGGAAGGGAAAUCUAUCCCCAGGGAAGGGAAAUCCAUCCCCCUUCCUUUUCAGCAGGCCUGAUGCAUCAGUGACGGCCACCGAGCCCAGCCAGGGCGAGACUCAGCUACAAGAAGAGCACAGCGUUUGGACCUGCAGAACGUGCCACUGUGAAGCUCAGACACACCAAAGCCGGCUGAAUGACUCUGGGAGCUGAUUGUUAAGUGCCAAGAAAGCAAUUGAGAGCUGAGCGCUGGCAGCUGGAAGGCACUCUGAAAACACCACACUGUGAAAACCGCAUUAUGGCAGGAAAAUGUUGCUUUUACCCGUUGUAUGUGGAAGUGCCAACAAUCAUAAAGUCACAGACUGUAGGACAGGCUGAAAAAGUGGCCUAUUUAUAUAUUUUUUUAAUUUAAACUCUGAAGCAUAACAAGAAGAGUCAUUGUGAAAGGGAAUAUGUAUGAUACUGGGAGGGAAGGAGAGGAAGGUCAUACCUCAGGUGUCAGAAUUUCAGCAGCCUUUUCUCUUUUUUUGCAGGUACAGUCAACUUAAAAUACCAUGAAUAUGAAAAACAUGAGUUCCUCAGACAGACUAAAAGGGUGUGGGUGUAAACUGUGGUGUGCACAAGAUGUGUGUUUUCUUUUUGAGCUCAUCCAAAGUGUCUCACAUCUCCAAGGGUUUUACCAUAAUUAGAGGAGCUGUGUGAGAGAAGUGUCUGAAAGGAGAGGUAAAGCAAUACCACGUGUUCCCUGUGUGCUCUGCAGCGUGGGAAAAUGUGUAUGUGCACAGAACAGAUAUUGUUGUAUUGAUGGCAGCAAUCCAUUGGAAUACAAUAUUUAAAAACCAGCUGUUUGCUGUUGAAAAAAAAAUGGAAAAUAACACCACGGAAUUUAUGCGAUUGCACAGCAUAAAUUCAAAUGAAUUUAUCAGUGUAAUCUUUUUGUUCAAGGGCCCAAAGCCUUAAAUUAGUAUUUUGAAUCAGAAAUUAAGAUUUGACCUUUGUUUGUCUUUGCCAGAGUUAAGUGUGAGACAGCAUUUUUCCUUGUACAGGCUUUAAAAAUAGUGUUUCAGUUUUACCAGUUUUUUCAGCUGUUUGUGACACAAGUGAACACACUAUCAUUAUUUUGUAAGUGAGACAAGAAAUAAAUUGUCUUCUA